GGGGACAGUCAAAGUGGCUCCCAUAGGGAGAGACGGCGAGUCCGCCCGGCGCUGCGGGAGAGGGAGGGGGCGCGGGCACCGGGAGCCCCGGGGUCUCCCUCGGUCCGUCCGUCCUUCCCGCUCCCUUCCCGGCGUGCGCCCGGCUCCGGCAACUCGCUUCCUGCUCGGCUGAAAGAGGGAGGAGAGAGCGCUUCGGCUGGGAGAGAAGAAAAGAAAGAGGGAGAAAAGAAAGAAAAGAGAGAGGGGAAAAAAGAGGGGGGGGAAACUUGCCUCUCUUGUCACUGGAAAAUGACACUUGAUGUAGCGGAGCCCGCCGCAGCUCCCGUUCGUCCUAUUGUUUCUUAAACUGCCAUCCGAGAUUUUUUUUUUUUUUUUUUUUUCCUCUCGCCUGCUGCCAUCCGAGGGGUGUCUUCAUACAAAAGGGACUCCGAGUUCUCCUCCGGCUUCUGCGAGCGCUGCCGGCAGCCCCCGGCGCCCCGCAGCCCCUCCGCGCACCCAAACAAACUGCACACGCAGCGCCCAGCCGCGCUCCCAUCGCCUCUGGAUUUUCUUUUUAAUUCUUUUCUUUUUAUGUUUUUAAUGUCCGUGCCUGUGUUUGCUUUCUCUGCCUUGCUUUGAUUCCAGCGAGAGAGAGAGAAAAGAAAACACACACACGUCUCUCUCUCUAUAUAUAUAUAAAAAGAACGUUUAACAGCGAUUUCAUCACUAUUUUUUUUUAUUUUUUAUUUUUUUAUUUUUAUUUUUAUUUUUUUUUGCGUAAAGAAGGAAGAUUUUGCGCUGUUGUUUCUGAUUCAUGUUUGGGAUCCAGGAAAGCAUCCAGCGGAGCGGGAGCAGCAUGAAGGAGGAGCCCCUCGGCGCGGGGAUGAACGCGGUGCGGACGUGGAUGCAGGGAGCGGGCGUCCUGGACGCCAGCACGGCCGCGCAGAGCGGAGUGGGUCUGGCCCGGGCUCACUUCGAGAAGCAGCCUCCUUCCAACCUGAGGAAGUCCAACUUUUUCCACUUCGUCCUGGCUCUGUAUGACCGGCAGGGGCAGCCCGUGGAGAUCGAGCGCACCGCCUUCGUGGGCUUCGUGGAGAAGGAGAAGGAAGCUAACAGCGAAAAGACCAACAACGGGAUCCACUACCGCCUGCAGCUGCUCUACAGCAAUGGGAUCAGGACGGAACAGGAUUUCUACGUUCGCCUCAUCGACUCCAUGACCAAGCAGGCGAUAGUAUAUGAAGGCCAAGACAAGAACCCCGAAAUGUGCCGAGUUCUGCUCACGCACGAAAUAAUGUGCAGCCGCUGUUGUGACAAGAAAAGCUGUGGCAACAGAAAUGAGACUCCAUCAGAUCCAGUGAUAAUUGACAGGUUCUUCUUGAAAUUUUUUCUCAAAUGUAACCAAAAUUGUCUAAAAAAUGCAGGAAACCCUCGAGACAUGCGACGAUUUCAGGUUGUGGUGUCUACAACAGUCAAUGUUGAUGGCCAUGUGUUGGCAGUGUCGGACAAUAUGUUUGUGCACAACAAUUCCAAGCAUGGGCGGAGAGCUCGAAGACUCGAUCCUUCGGAAGCUACACCAUGUAUCAAAGCCAUCAGUCCAAGUGAAGGAUGGACUACAGGAGGUGCCACUGUCAUCAUCAUAGGAGACAAUUUCUUUGAUGGGUUACAGGUCAUCUUCGGCACCAUGCUGGUUUGGAGUGAGCUGAUUACUCCUCAUGCCAUCCGCGUACAGACACCUCCCCGACAUAUCCCAGGGGUUGUAGAAGUCACAUUGUCCUACAAGUCUAAGCAGUUUUGCAAGGGAACGCCUGGAAGAUUCAUUUACACAGCUCUGAACGAACCCACCAUUGACUAUGGUUUCCAAAGGUUACAGAAGGUUAUCCCCCGGCACCCUGGUGACCCUGAACGCUUGCCAAAGGAAGUAAUACUUAAGAGGGCUGCUGAUUUAGUAGAAGCACUCUACGGUAUGCCACAUAAUAACCAGGAAAUAAUCCUGAAAAGAGCAGCAGACAUCGCAGAAGCACUCUACAGUGUCCCUCGCAAUCAUAACCAGCUCCCCGCCCUUGCUAACACGUCAGUCCACGCAGGAAUGAUGGGAGUGAAUUCCUUUAGUGGUCAACUAGCUGUCAACGUAUCCGAAGCCUCACAGGCCACCAGUCAGGGUUUUACUCGCAACUCAAGCAGCGUGUCACCUCACGGCUAUGUGCCAAGCACCACCCCUCAGCAGACAAAUUACAACUCUGUCACAACAAGCAUGAAUGGCUAUGGGAAUGCUGGAAUGUCAAAUUUAGGCGGUUCUCCAACCUUCCUGAAUGGAUCUGCUGCCAAUUCUCCCUAUGCCAUUGUGCCAUCAAGUCCAACAAUGGCCUCCUCCACUAGCCUCCCGUCCAACUGUAGCAGUUCGUCUGGGAUUUUCUCGUUCUCACCAGCCAACAUGGUCUCAGCAGUGAAACAGAAGAGUGCUUUUGCGCCUGUCGUGAGACCGCAAACUUCUCCUCCUCCCACCUGCACCAGCACCAACGGCAAUAGCCUGCAAGACCAGUCUUUUGUGGACUCUAGCAAGUACUCCACUGCAGGGUCUCUCCAGGGGCUGGCCUUCUCCUGAACUAUAUCUGGCAUGAUUGUUCCCCCCAUGUGAAAGAAUUGCCUUGAAGAAUUUUAUUAAUGAAGAGGUUGAAUUCUGCUUCAGAGAGAAUCUGACACAAGUCCCAGAGCGGAACUUUUUACUCAGGCCUUUUUAAAAAUAAUAAUAAAAAAAAAAGAAAUAAAGAAGAAUCUUACAAUAACUGCGGAUUUUUAAACAAAAAAAACAAAUCACCAUCCUUGCAAACACUGAAAUUAACUAUCUGCAAUUGCAAGGUGUUGAUUCAAGUUGUCCAUCCCAAAUAACUGGGAGAUAUAUUUAUUGUACGUUGAUUAAAAAAAUCCACUUUUCUUUUGUUGUUUUUUCUUUUUUUGUUGUUUUUUUUUUUUUUGUUUCGUUUUGUUUUGUUUUUGUGUGUGGGGUUGGGGGCUUGCUUUUUUUUUUUCCCUUUUUUUUUUUUUUUGGUGUGUGUGUUUUUUUAAGGCUUGAUUUAACUCAACAUCAUUUGUCUUUUAUAAAUCAUACAAUUACACAAGGGACACUAGAGAUGGAACUCCAUGUUGUUAAUUUAUGAAUUUUUUUUUUUUUUUUAAGCUGUGUAAAGAAAAUGAAGUGGUGUCAUUUGCAUACAAGUCUGUAUGGGACAGAAUAGAAGUGCCAGUUAGUUUUUCGUAGAAGAAUUAUGGCCAUUUAAUUAAGGGUCGGCUCAUACAGGUUGCUUAUCCAGUGGUGAUUUGCUAAUGUGAUACAUUUUUAAUGUUCUCAUUAAAUGGAUAUCACUCCCCAGAAAGUGGAUAUUUUUGGACGGUGAGGGCAGGAUGGGGGGGUGGGAUUUGGAACCUCUGUCUUUAAUAUCAGGCUAAAUAAUUGUGUAAAUAGUGCAACAAGAAAAGCUGGUUAAAGCUUAGAAUGCAAAUAACAAACACAUUUCCUCUUGAACUCGAAAUCCAGUGCCUCCAGAUAUACUGCUGAAACUGCAGCAUUAGAUUAGCAUGGCUCUCAUUAGCUUCUAUAUCCGACUCUUUCCCAACGGGUGGCCUUCCUGAUGUUCAGUGUCACCUGGGCUGUGCACAAAACGCCACUCACCUUCUGCACAGCCAUCCCGAGACGCAGACUGCGGCCACCGCGUGUUGGGCGCUCUCAUCGUCCCCCUUUAUCUUCUAUGGGGCAGAAUGAGAAAACGCUCCUCUGCAGUCCUCCAUCCUCACGAUCUAAAAGCACACGUUAUUGUCAGCCUCGCGCUAGGAUUGUUCCUGUAUCAGUCGACCCUCUCCGUUUGUAUCAUAAUAUAUAAAGCCACAGGUAACUGCUUCUGAAUAGUAAAAUGGAAACAGGAGUUUGGGGCGGGUGGUGGGGCUGCUGGGGAGGUUUCAGAUCAGAACCAUCGCUUCUGUUCGACAAAAGUUUUGCUAUCGUUAUCUGGGAAGUGUUCUUAAAAACGACUGGUCAAAGAGGCAGCAAAGCUCUGAAAAUGCAUUACCUGAUAUUUUUUCUUUGCUGUUGUGUUUUGUAUGUAGUUAUAAAUACUGUAGAUUUUUUGUGAUUUUUUGCCAAAGUUGUUGUUCUAUUUAUACAUUUUAAUGUCUUAAGACAGUUUUUUCAAUAUCACAAUAAAGAAUUUUACUGCAUAUUUUGCAAAAAGAGCUCACUACCUUUAGCUUGCACAUACUUGCAAAAUUAAUUAAAGAAAAAAAAAGCUUUUUGUUUCUGUUCUUUUUUUGUUGUUGUUGUUCAUUUGUUUUACGGGGAAUUUUGUAAAAUAUCCAUAUAAAUAAUGUAUUUAUCUUGGGAAUUUGUACAUUGCUUUUUUUUCCCCUACUCCAGUUUAUUUUAUUGUGUAUGUUUGCUAUGUGAAAAGUGAUUUGUUUGGUCAUUCACCGUUGUAUUAGCUGUUUAAAUGUGGUUUUAAAACAUUUCAUUUAUAGGUUUUUGGUUUUUUUUUUUUUAGUAUUGUUUAAAACCAUGCUUCCAUUUUUUUUUUAAUUUCCACCCAAAAGCCAUUGUCUAUUUUUGUAUUAUUUGUAAGUUAAGAAGUUUUUUCCAAUAUAUGGCAAAAAGUAGCAUAUUAUUCUUGUAGCAUUUAGUUAUGUAGAUUUUAAAAAAAUGUAUCCUUUGCUUUUGAGGCUUAACAAAAACUAAUGCUGUUUUACUCUAUUAAUAUGCAUGGGAUUUCUCCUCUUUGGAGUGACGCAUUUUUGUGCAUUAAAUACGGGGAGAAACUUCAUAGAACUCAAUGAAAAUACUUUCUUUCUUAAGUCUGCUUGUAUAUUUCUCUGUCUUUCACAUAAAUAUAAACCAGCAGAUUGGAUGCCUUAACAAUGCAAAUCAUAUUCAUUUCACCUGUACAUUGUACUGUGCACCAGAACUGUCAAUCAUCACUAACAUUCUAAGAAAAAAAAAAAAAAGGAAUUGAAAAGCACAAAAGAACUGUUUUGUUACCUUAAAACAAUAUAACUUUUUUCUAGUCGAGCAAGAAAUCAUUUACAACGAUGCUGCAACUGUGCAUGCUUCCUGUACGGAUUUUGCAAUGGUUUUCACUAGAAUGUCACAGUGUGAUCAUUUAGGGGAAGGGAAGAAAGCAGGAACUUUUUUUCAUGGUGAGAAAAUAAAAGGAGAAAAAACUGGAAAAUGUGAGAGACAUCAGUUUAUUGCUUCUCUGUAUUCCAAGCGGUUAUUCUAAUUCACAUAGUAAGCAACAGCACGACAGUGUAAUCAAAUUUAAAGCCAUAUUUUGUCCAGUGACACCAUCAAUUACUCUUGUAGAGCUCCACUCAAAGUCAUAGCGAUUUUUACACCAGUGUUGGCCAUCUAUGUUUGUAGUCUUCUACGCCAGUGUCCAAAGAUCCUCUGACAGUGUGCAUCAUUUUGUUUUGUUGCAGCUAUUUGUAGUGGUCUGUUCAAUGGGACUUUAUAACGCCCCCCCCCCCUUCCCCCUGGCCCCACACCACUCUUAUCUUUUACAAAGUAAAAGAUGCAGCUGUUUACAGAAUAUGGCUUUAAGUGGAAACGUCCAGAUUUCAGUUUUAAAAAGGUGAAGCUUCACAAAGACUGGAUUGCAUCAAGUAUGCCUAUUUCCUCACAGUUGUACUAGAAUGCAGCUAAAAUGAAGUCAUCUCUGAACCUACUAACCUUUCACCUUCUUAUCUAAAUCUUUUUGAAUAGACACACACACUGUACAGUUCUAUUGUUAGAGAAACUAACUACUGUAGAGAUUGUUAUAAUUUUUUUGCAGAAACUCAAGCUGUAAAAACUUUUCAACUUUCACAAUAUUUAAUUAAAGUUACUUCCUGUCUGUGAA